AUGCAAAACAAAUCUAGUGAUGGUCAAGGGCCAUCUCGGUUGAACUCAAAUGCCAUGCCAAGUACAAACAAUGAGAUAGAAAAUCAACAAGCAAUGGCCCCAGUUCAUUCAUGCAGCUAUUGCUCAAAGAUUUUCCCAACGGCACAAGCUUUAGGUGGCCAUCAGAACGCUCAUCGACGAGAGAGACGAGAAGCAAGAUGGGAGUAUCUUCAGGCAAUUAGAAAUUGCCCUAGUUCCCAUUCAAGAACCAAUAUUUCAGCAAAUUUUCAAGAUGGAGAACGUGUAUCUAUGAAUUCAACUACUGGAACGUCCGCACUACGCUCCCAACAUGAACCUCAAGCUGGAUUCCUAUAUUUUCACAAUUCUGCACCUAUAUAUGGGCCCAUCCCUGUGAUGCAAAUGCAUACUUCAAUGCCUCAAGUUGGGUUUGUCCCCGGUCAAGUCUCAUUAGUUGGAACAUCCCACCCAUAUCCACUGCAAGGAGAGGGUAUGGUAUGGCAUCAACAAGCACAGGAGUUGAAUCUUUUUAGAGAAGAACCAAAUCUACUGGUUGAAGAAAAUGUGCGUUCAAAUGAGAAUGAAGUUGACUUUGGAAGUGUGGACCUAACUUUGAGGUUGUAG